GGUUGCAACCUUAUACAAACUUUUUCCUUUAUAAUAUGUGCUUAACCGUUAAAGCAGCAUUGAGCUCGAGGAAGGUGGGAAAAAUGGGAGGGCGAAGUGAAGCUUCAACAAACCCUUCACAUUUGCUCCAGAGAAUUAGAGGUGUCAUUUUUAGGGCAUAAUCUUUCCUCCUUCUUCUUCCGGGUCUCGUAUCCGAAACCUAAAUUUAGCUGUUCUCUAUUUCUUCUCUCAAAUCUCAUAUCCAAACCUUAAUCUUAGCUGUAGCUUCUGUAUUCUCUCUCUCUCUCUCUCGCUCUCUCUCUCUGAGUGUUCAUGUGUGUGUAUGAAGGAUUGAACGCAUUCAGGUGGAAAACUCCUAUGUAUCUUCUCAGUUUUACUCUAGUUUUGAUUGAAGAUUUGUGUAAAGGCCGUACUUCUCUAGUCUCCAUUGAUCGUUACAGGACUCACUGUAAAUUGAUUGGUCCUGGUGAUAAAUGUUCUUGCAACUCUGACAUGACUGACGGAAGAGAAAUCAUAUCUAUGGAAAAGGAAAGCCAUGCAAAUAGGCUUGAUGUGCUGCUUAGAGUUCUUCUUAUUACUCAGAAGCUGCUUUUGGAAGGAAAGCAUGCAUCAAAAAGAGACAUUUACUACAUGCAUCCUUCUAUUUUUAUUGACCAAGCAAAUGUAGAUCGAGCCAUAAGCGACACUUGCAUCCUUUUACACUGCAGUCGUCAUAAUCUAAAUGUUGUCUCUGCUGGCAAGGGAUUGGUGAUGGGGUGCUUAAGGUUCAAGGAGUCCAACAGGAUGUUCAAUUGUAUAAGAAGACCUAGUGUUGCUUAUCCAGUCCCUGUUUAUGUAGAAGAAGUCAAACAUAUCAUGGGCUUCGCUAGAUAUAUACUAGUUGUGGAGAAAGAAACAGUGUUUCAGCGCUUGGCAAAUGACAAAUUCUGUGAAAUGAAUCGUUGUAUUGUGAUAACGGGCAGGGGUUAUCCUGAUGUUCCCACCCGAAGAUUCUUACGACUUCUUAUUGAUGAGCUGUCCCUGCCUGUCUACUGCUUGGUGGACUGCGAUCCUUUUGGUUUUGAUAUCUUGCUGACAUACCGAUUUGGUUCAAUGCAAAUGGCCUAUGAUGCAAAACUACUACGUAUCCCAGAGAUUCGUUGGCUUGGUAUCUUCUCUUCAGAUGCUGAAGCCAUUGGCCUCCCAAGGAGAUGUCUACUUCCUCUGACACACAGAGAUAAAAAGAAAGCUGAGGCCCUGUUACAGAGAUGCUAUCUGCACCAACAAGUGCCACACUGGCGGUUGGAGAUAGAGAAGAUGUUGCAAAGAGAGGUGAAAUUCGAAAUUGAAGCGUUGUCUGUGUUUUCUAUAUCCAUGUUAUCAGAGGAACAUCUUCCAGCCAAAAUACAAGAGGGAAGGCACUUAUGAAACUUCAUGUGAUUAUCAUAUAAAUAUGGUUUAGAAAUAAUCGAAAUGUUCAAAAGUUUUCCUCCGCAGUGAUCGUACUGUUUGUGUUCUUUUUAGCAAACUCGCAUCGUGGAUUUCCAUCUUUUCCCAA